AUGGAGAGAAACCUGUCCAAUUCUCCUCCUCGACGACGGGUACGCUCUGAAGUCCUCAAAACAACUGAAGAGCGUUUGGAACUCUUGCGCCAAGAGCUCUCUGACCUGAGACAUGCCGAAGAGACACACGAAACGCGGUGGCAACUCGAGGAGAGAAACUUGUCAUCAGAAUUGCAAGAAGCCAAACAGCAAGACGAGGCAAUGUUGAAGGCUCUUGCAGAUAAACUUCAAAGUGUGAACGACAAGAACCGCAAACUCGAAGCAGAUUUGCGGCUGGAAGAAGAGAAAACUCAAGAGAAGACAUCAUCGCUCGACGCAGAGGUAUCGCGUUUACGUGGCAGCCUGUGGUGGUUCACAACUUCGCCAGCGACACGAGCUGCGUCAGAGCUGUGGAGCGGCGCAUCGAGUGCUUCGAGCCACAGGCCGUCGCCGCCACCGGCGGCAUCGCCCAGGGCAUCGGGCACGUCUCACAUGUCCGGAGCGUCGGCGUCCGCGUCGAGUUCCAAACGCCAAAGUGUCCACAGCCUCCGCAGCACGAGCUCCAAAGAUUCCGAGCCGAGAGCACGGCGGCGCGCCACGCGCAGCUUCAAACCAUUGCAAGACAUGUCAUCGCUCAACUCGCACCCACCUUCCGCUACUUCUGCUUCUGCUGUUGCAACUGCGUCCACCUUGGCCCGGAGAGCAUCUUUGACGAUGGGUGAGCUGAUGGAUGAUGCACUUCUCAGUGUAGGGGAGUUGCUUGGAGAUUCGAAAUCGGAAGGCGCUGCAUCAACUGCCCUAGAAACAUCGAAGUCAAAGUCUACCGUGGCAGUGCCUUCAUCGAACACAGAUACUGCAGAUGCCCAAGUCCCAGAGGCUAAGAAUGCUAACCAAGAGAAUUCUACAGUUCCGACGCUCACUGAGCUUUGGGAAGCAAGCAGUGGUCACCGUGCCAGCGCCACUGCAGCAUUUGCGCAUUUUGGAACUUUGCUGCAGCAGCAGGUGAAUUCUGCUGCAGAAUAUGCAGGGCGAGUGGGUAGAUAA